AGGAAAAUAGUUAAGACAAAAACUGACUUCCUUGUUCCUGUUUCCCCCCUGUAUGAAACUGCAACUACUUUCUUCUUCUUCUUCUUCUUCUUUUUGUCACAGUGUUCUGUUCAGACCCAAGAACCAAGAUUAUUAGGACAACCUUAACCCUACUAAAGUUUCUUUAAUCUCCUGAGGGAGCACUUGUUUACCAACAAGCAGAAGAAGAAAACGUGAAACCAAAAAAGUAAAGUUAAAAAAUCAAAACUUUAGCCGACUUGGAACCUCCUUGUUCCACCUCACAUCCCCCUCUUCCAAUACGGCCCAGUGAUCUCUAUGCUUAUCAGAAAAGCAACAAAUUGUAUACUUGUUCCUAUGACAGUGACCGCAUAAUCUCUAUAGGUGGAAAAUGCGUUUAUUCGAGUACACCAUUUCUGAACUAUUCACGUGGAUACCCGAGUAUACAAUCAAUUGACCCAAUGGGAGCUGGGGAAGAGAGCACCCCUACAAAGCCUUCAAAACCGGCUUCAACUCAGGAGACACAAACUACACCCUCAUAUCCUGAUUGGUCAAGCUCUAUGCAGGCUUAUUAUAGCGCUGGAGCUACUCCUCCCUUCUUUGCCUCACCUGUUGCUUCUCCUGCUCCCCACCCAUACUUAUGGGGAGGCCAGCAUCCUCUUAUGCCUCCUUAUGGGACUCCAGUCCCAUAUCCAGCUUUAUAUCCUCCUGCCGGAGUUUAUGCUCAUCCUAACAUGGCCGCGGUAAUCAAGCUUCAGACUCCAAACACAGUGCAGGCAAACCUUGAAUCAAACGGGAAGGAUCCUGAAGGAAAGGAUCGGAGUACAAACAAAAAGUUAAAGGCCAGUUCUGGUGGCAAGGCGGGCGACGGCGGGAAAGUUGCUUCAGGUUCUGGAAAUGAUGGUGCCACACAAAGUGAUGACAGCAGAAGUGAAGGUACAUCAGAUACAAAUGAUGAAAAUGAUAACCACGAAUUUGCUGCAAGCAAGAAGGGAAGCUUUGAUCAAAUGCUUGCCGAUGGAGCCAGUGCGCAGAAUAAUCCCACAACAGCGAAUUACCAGACCUCUAUGCAUGCAAAUCCUGUCACUGUGCAUGCAACUAACCUAAAUAUUGGAAUGGAUGUGUGGAAUGCAUCAUCUGCCGGUCCUGGAGCGAUCAUAAUACAGCCAAAUGUGAAUGGUCCAGUUAUAGGACAUGAAGGAAGGAUGAAUGAUCAAUGGGUUCAGGACGAACGUGAACUUAAAAGACAAAAGAGAAAGCAAUCUAAUAGGGAGUCAGCUAGGAGGUCAAGGCUACGCAAGCAGGCUGAGUGUGAAGAGCUGCAGCGUAGGGUAGAAGCUUUGAGCAGCGAGAAUCAUUCACUCAAAGAUGAGCUCCAACGGCUCUCUGAGGAAUGUGAGAAGCUUACCUCAGAGAAUAGUUUGAUAAAGGAAGAGUUAACGCGUUUAUGUGGGCCAGAUGCUGUGUCUAAGCUAGAGAGCAACGGCAAUGCCACUCAUGAGGAAGCUAGUUAAGGAAAAGCCAGACACUGAGUAGUAGGUGAUUUAAGUGCUCACAAAUAUUUCAGGAGCCAAAAGAAUUCAUUGCUUCUAGGUGCAGAAAUGUUUGUUGUCCUACUAACCUAUACCUUUAACCCUUUUUGAGUGUGACUAAAACAUUUAUUUUCUAAUUGUAACCCCAGUGUUCUGUGCUCUUGUUAAAUUACCUGGAAGAAGUCAGUGCACCAUUGAGUACUGUUUCAUUUUCAUUGGAUA